AUGGUUUUACGAAGUGUUAGAACAGGUGUUCUCAUCUGCCUUAUUUUAGCCCUCUCCGCCAUGCUGAUACUCAUAUCACAUGUGAUCUCGGGAAGGGGAACUUCGCUACCUUGGUUCUACAAAACCUCCCCAGUCUCAGUUAGCAGCCACAGCACCGCAAGACCUGUGGCAAACAAAGAGAUCUUAGGGACAACAAAGCACACCCCAGAUACCUCAAUAAGUGUGUUCGUAAGGAUGUCUGGCAAACGACCAGAUCACAGGCAGCGUUAUUUGUGUAACGUUUUCAGGACUUCCGUUCUCUUCUGGCCUCCUUCCUUUGGAAAUUUAGUCGUAGGACUUGAUGAAGAAUCACACGAGGAUCAUGAAUUUGCCGAAAAAUUAAAAACACUUGCCCAAAAAUACUUUCCUGAUCGUAGACUUGAAUUCUUUUAUGAGGCCCUUCCAAAGGACAAAGGAACUCUGGAGUUUCAAGGCUCGCCUAAGACACCCGGUUAUAACAGACAACUUUGGAGCAGUUUUUUCAUCGACCUACUUUCAAAUGACACCGUCAUUGCUUGGAUGGACAGUGACUCAGCCUUUUUUACCCCAGUAACUAAGUCCACAAUUUUUAAUGGGACAAUGGUACGAGCCUUAGGCUCCGCCUGCACAUUCUACAGGAGCUGGGUAUAUAACUGGGCAGAUACUACUAAACGGGCGCUAGGAUUACCAUUUGUCGCUGAUUUUAUGACGUAUUUUCCGGUAUAUAUGUACCGAGACACGGUCACUCACUGCAGAGAGCAUAUCCUAAAACAUUUAAAUACAAAUAACUUUGAGGAAGCCUUCAGAAAGUUUUACACGACUUUUAUCUCUCCAGUCAGCGUCAUCCUCUCUUAUGCAUGGUACUUUGAGAGAUCGCUAUGA